UCAUAUGAAAAAAUUGAUUCGUGUCCAUUCUCUUGCAUGCUGUUUUGGAAAAAUGAAGAAGAUCUUGAUACGUGUCAGAGAUGUGGUGCUUCUAGAUGGAAACUUGAUAAACAUGGAAAAGAGAUCAAGCGAAAGGCAAAUGGUAAAAAAAUACCACAAAAGACAUUGCGAUAUUUUCCUCUUAAGCCACGAUUGCAAAGGCUUUACAUGUCUUCGAAGACAGCUUCUGAUAUGAGAUGGCACCAUGAAAGACAAGUUGAGGACGGAGUGAUGAGGCAUCCAGCUGACUCUAAGGCUUGGAAAAAUUUUAAUGAGCUACAUGAAAGCUUUGCCGAAGAGCCCCGAAAUGUUAGGCUCGGUCUUGCAAGUGAUGGUUUCCAGCCUUUCACAAAUUCAAAAGUUUCUUAUAGCAUAUGGCCCGUUUUACUUGUACCAUAUAACUUACCACCAUGGAUGUGCAUGAAGCAAUCUAAUUUUAUUUUAUCUAUGCUCAUUCCUGGUCCAACUGGUCCUGGAGAUGCUAUUGACACAUACUUACAACCAUUGAUAGAAGAACUAAAGGAGUUGUGGGCCUCAGGCGUUCGAACAUAUGAUGUAUCUCUGAGACAGAAUUUCAUUUUACGUGCAGCACUAAUCACUAAGGGGAAAUUAGCAUGUCCUUGUUGUAAUAAGCACACUCACUCUAUCAGGUUAAAAUAUGGAGGCAAGCAGAGCUAUAUGGGGCAUCGUCGCUAUCUUGAUGAAAAUCACAGUUGGAGAAAGGAUAAGAAAUCAUUUGAUGGCACUAGGGAGAGAGGGUAUGCAGCGCCGAAGCUGACCGGAGAUGACAUCCUUAAGCAGGUGGAAGAUCUUAUAGGGAUCACCUUGACCAAUCAUCCAGAGAAGAAAAUUAAAAUAUCACACGAAAGACGGGGAGAUAAUUGGAAUAAAAAAAGUAUUUUUUUUGAUUUGCCAUAUUGGAGAACUCUCUUAUUGCGACAUAAUUUAGAUGUCAUGCAUAUUGAGAAGAAUAUUUGUGAUAGUCUGCUGGGAACAAUCAUGAACAUUAAAGGAAAGACAAAGGAUAAUAUCAAAGCCCGUCUCGAUUUACAAGCAAUGAGUUUAAAACCGGAGUUACAUCCAAUCCAGAGAGGAGAUAAACUUGUGAUGCCAGCAGCUUGUUAUACUUUAUCCCAAGAAGAGCAAAGCAAAUUUUGUCGAUUUCUAAAGGAGUUAAAAGUUCCAGAUGGAUUUUCAUCCAAUAUUUCUCAAUGUGUAAAUCUUAAAGAGCGUAAGAUUUUGGGGUUAAAGAGUCAUGACUGUCACGUUCUUUUGCAGCGCUUGAUUCCUGUAUCGAUUCGUGGCCUUCUUCAUGCAAAAGUGUGUGAAGCAAUUAUUGAACUUUCCAUAUUCUUCACUAUAUUAUGUGCCAAGACAUUAAGGGUGGAUGAACUUAAGCAAAUUGAUGAGCAGAUUCCACUUACGUUAUGUAAGCUUGAGAAGAUUUUUCCACCUUCAAUUUUUGAUGUUAUGCUGCAUUUAGUAGUUCAUUUAGCAUCUGAAGCCAUACUUGGAGGGCCUGUUCGAUUUCGAUGGAUGUACCCAGUGGAGCGUCAGCUUUAUACUUAUAAGUCAUAUAUCAGAAAUAGGGCACGUCCAGAAGGGUCAAUUGCUGAAGGAUAUAUAGCAGAUGAAUGCAUGACUUUUUGCUCAAGAUAUCUAAAAGGCUUCGAGACAAAGUUUAAUCGCCUUGAAAGAAAUUAUGAAGAUGACAAUAGAGAAUGUAAUGAAGCACAACUAUCUAUUUUCAGACAUAGUGGGCGGGCAUUGGGUGCUGCCACCACCCGCUACCUUGAUGAACGUGAGUGGUUGCAAGCUCAUAUUUAUGUUCUAAAGAACUGUGAUGAAGUGCAACCACACAUUGAGGACUACAAUGAAUUCGUGAGAGAACCCACAAAUCACUAUGAUGAUAAAGAUUGGGAUAAGAACUUUAUCGAGUGGUUCCAAGCUCUAGUUUAUCAGAGUUAUCGAGAAGAUGAUGACUUACUUUCACUAUCUCGUGGUCCAAGUAAGAUUGUUAAAUGUUUUACUGGAUUUGUCAUAAAUGGACAUCGAUUUCAUACAGAAAGUCGAGAUAAUUGUUUGUCAACUCAAAGUAGUGGGGUUGCAGUUGUUGGUGAUGCUGGUGAUGGUGGAGAUAUAGAUUAUUAUGGUGCUUUGGUUGAAGUUGUUGAAUUAGAGUAUCCUGGUAGAAGAAAGGUUGUUCUAUUUCGUUGUAAAUGGUGGGAUGUGCACGGCAAAGGAAAAGGGACCGCUUUGAAAGAAGACAAAUAUGGAUUUAUCAGUUGGCAUGUAGUUCUUAAAGCACAACCCCGUGAUUCCUAUGAUAUGCCACCAGAUACAGAUGAUUGUGAGAUAACAGACGAUGGAGUUGAAGCUUAUUUGCAAGAUGAAUCAUUUGAUGCUCAGGCUAUUGCAUCAACAUCAUUGGAAGAUGAUUAUAUCAAUUUGAGAAGGAGUGAUAUUGAUCCAAUUAUUGUAAAUUCGGUCUCAACUUCAAAAAAGAGGAAAAAGACUCAAGCAGAGAAUUAG